AUGGCCGCGCCACAGGUUUACGUCUUCCAAACACUGGGGCAACCCCAGGAGCCCUCAGCGACAGGGUUGGACGGGCUCAAGAACCUGAACGGUUUCCGGCGCGCGCUAUUUGGGGUGAAAUUAGAAGACCCGAAUGUUGGCGUAUUACUCACUGAAUGGCUCUCCCCCGAAGCAGCACUCGCCUACCAGUCCUCCUUCCACCCCAGCACAUCCCUCAACAUCAACAAAGAGAGUAAAGAAACGCUCACCAUUACUGCCGCCCCGGGCCAGGACUGGGAAUCUGCUCUCCGCGCGCCCUGCACCGAGGUCUUCACUGCCUAUGGACCUAAAGACGGGUUUGUAGAAGGCACCGGGCGGUUCGUGAGCGCGGUCGAUACCAACCCGGCGGAGGGAUACAAGGGUGCAGCGUUCGGGAGCGGAGUUGCGCAGAGGCGCAAGGAAGGGGAUGUGGACGAGGAGCAGGUGGUGAGGUUGGUGAUUGGGUGGACAAGUCGGGAGGCGCAUUUGGAGGCGAAGGGGAAGCCUGGUGCUAUUCAGGAGAAUAUUCAUGAGUUGAGGUCUGGGAGGCGGGCGGUGGAUUUGUUUCAUGUUCAGUUCAAGGAGCUGUGA